GACAGAUCGCGACAGAUGAAAAUGGCAGUGUGUUGAUAUUUUGUGUGUAUUGUCUUUUCGCAUUUUCUUUUUUUCAACUAGCGUUACGUAGCGACCAAAAAACAACAACCGACAACAAUGAGUAACCACCACAACAACGGACAGCGGGCCAGCGAAACCGAACAAAUGGCUCAGUCGCAAUAUCUCAAAGUGUUUGUCCAAAGGGAUUACAGCGAAGGGACAAUCGUCAAGUUCCAGACCCGUUUCCCGUCGGAACUGGAAGGCAAACUGGACAGAAAUAUAUUCGAACAAACUAUUACUAGACUGAACACGUACUUUGCGGAGGCGGAAAAGGCAACCUGUUCGACAUACUGCGAGGGCUGUUUAGCAUGUCUGACUGCCUAUUUUAUAUACAUUUGUAAAGAAACACAUUAUGAAAAAUGUCUGAAAAAAGUGUCAAAAUUCGUAGCGGAACAAAACGAACGGAUCUACGAGCCGCGGGGGUUGAAACUGACUGAUCCCAGUUUGAGGGGAUUGAGGGUUUUAGAGAUCAGUUGUCUGGACCGACCACCAAACGCAUGACUUACACUGUCUCACUCCACACAGGAGUUUUUCAUGUAAAAUCUAUAUGUUUAAAGAGCUGAAUGUAUAGGAAAGAUUUUUUUACAAUUUUUAUUAACUGUGAAUGGGUCAGUGGAUUUGUACUUUAUAAGCCUGGCAUGGGUUUAAAUGUUUUGUGUGCAUUUAUUAGAUUAGUUGUUUGUGUUGCAUUUAAUAAUCCUUAAGUUUAAGUGUGAAUUUUGUAUGAAAAUGUCUAAUAUUUUGUCUAAAAGAAAGCUGCAGUCAUAUCAAAUUCAAACUAAACAUAUUUUUAUGGAGAUUAGACUUUAAAUCAUUGUGAUAAGUUCCAAAACAUAUAUAUUAAUUUUAACACCAUGUAGGGCUUUGUAGUUAGCCACAUUUAUCAUAUUUUGUAACUAAAAUAUAUAUAACUAUUUAUCUUUAUUUUUGUAAAUUGUUGUUGAAUAUUUUUAUAGUUUAUUAUUUAUAUGUUGAUUCAAAUCCAUUGACCUAUGCCACAGGAUGAAUUUCCACAAUUUUUUAUAAAUGUACAAUCAGUCUCGCGAAAGUCUAACCUGUUUAGUUGAAAAUACAAUACAACUAAUGUAUUUUACUUAUGAUAAUAAGUACAUGUUGGGUUUGAAUGUCUUCCAAAAUUGAUUUCAUAUUGGAUCCAUGUAUGUUUAGUAUCCAACACACCAUCAGUGUUUAAAUGUCUGAUGUUUCACAAACCUUUUAACCAACAUCACAAAGAAAUUGAUGUAAAUGGAACAUUUAACAUCACUCCUCUUAUAUUUGUUCAUCCAAUAACGCAAAAUGUCAUGAAGGGUAUUUCAGGAACUAUAUAUAAUAUAGCAUUUAAAAAGACUGGAUUUGUACAUUUUCAGAAACAAGACGAAGACAAUUACUUAAAUCUUACGUUUGUCUUAAAAACUCGGAAAGAAUAUUGAUCAAUUUGUGUUAUUUCUAAAAAAUUACAUUCGAUAAUUGCAAAAACUGAAUUAAUGUUAUUUCAUAAUAUUUGUUUGAAUUCAGAACUGUCGACACAUUUACAAUGUAUAGGUUAAUAUAUUUUUAAUUAAAUUA